GUGAAGCUUAGAAGAGCCGGAACCCGGGAGCGAGAGAAGCGAAAUGACAUUUCCUCUUUAAAUAGCUGGAGCCGGGGCCCCGUGGAGAAAUGGCCGCGUCGGCAGAUUUAAGUAAGUCUUCCCCAACACCGAAUGGGAUUCCAUCUUCAGACACAGCCAACGAUGCCAUGGACCCCUUGCAUGCGUGCAGUAUUCUUAAGCAACUCAAAACAAUGUACGAUGAAGGACAGUUGACAGACAUUGUAGUGGAAGUGGAUCACGGGAAAACAUUUUCCUGUCAUAGAAACGUUCUUGCUGCAAUCAGCCCUUACUUCAGAUCCAUGUUCACUAGCGGCCUUACAGAAAGUACUCAAAAAGAAGUUCGAAUAGUUGGUGUUGAAGCUGAAUCAAUGGAUUUAGUGUUGAACUAUGCCUACACCUCCAGAGUGGUUCUGACAGAGGCCAAUGUUCAAGCCUUGUUCACUGCAGCUAGCAUCUUCCAGAUUCCUUCCAUCCAAGACCAAUGUGCUAAGUACAUGAUCAGUCAUUUAGACCCACAGAAUUCUAUUGGGGUCUUCAUCUUUGCUGAUCAUUACGGUCAUCAGGAACUCGGAGAUCGAUCAAAAGAAUACAUUCGUAAAAAGUUCCUGUGUGUCACCAAAGAACAAGAGUUUCUCCAGUUGACAAAAGAUCAACUGAUAAGUAUCCUAGACAGUGAUGAUUUAAAUGUAGCCCGAGAAGAGCAUGUUUAUGAAAGCAUCGUAAGGUGGUUUGAACAUGAACAGAAUGAAAGAGAAGCGCAUCUUCCAGAAAUUUUUGCCAAAUGCAUACGUUUUCCUCUGAUGGAAGAUGCCUUUAUAGAGAAAAUUCCACCUCAGUUUGCACAGGCUGUCGCCAAAAGCUGUGUAGAAAAGGGCCCAUCCAAUACCAAUGGCUGCACACAGAGACUUGGAAUGACUGCAUCUGAAAUGAUCAUAUGUUUUGAUGCUGCCCACAAACACUCAGGAAAGAAGCAAACAGUGCCUUGUCUAGAUAUCGUCACAGGAAAAGUGUUUAAGCUAUGCAAACCACCAAAUGAUCUAAGAGAAGUUGGGAUCCUUGUAUCACCAGAUAAUGACAUUUACAUUGCAGGAGGGUACCGGCCCAGCAGCAGCGAGGUCUCCAUCGACCAUAAGGCAGAAAAUGAUUUCUGGAUGUAUGACCAUUCCACCAAUAGGUGGCUUUCCAAACCCCCCUUGCUGCGAGCCAGAAUAGGCUGCAAACUGGUGUAUUGCUGUGGUAAGAUGUAUGCAAUUGGAGGUCGUGUUUAUGAAGGUGACGGGAGAAACUCACUGAAAUCCGUGGAGUGCUAUGACAGCAGAGAGAAUUGCUGGACCAGCGUUUGCGCAAUGCCUGUUGCAAUGGAGUUUCAUAACGCUGUGGAGUACAAAGAGAAGAUCUAUGUUUUACAGGGAGAAUUUUUCCUCUUCUAUGAGCCUCAAAAAGACUACUGGGGUUUUUUAACCCCCAUGACUGUGCCUAGAAUCCAGGGCUUAGCAGCUGUAUACAAGGACUCUAUCUACUACAUAGCUGGAACCUGUGGAAAUCAUCAACGUAUGUUUACUGUAGAAGCCUAUGAUAUUGAGCUAAAUCAAUGGACUCGGAAGAAGGACUUUCCAUGUGAUGAGUCCAUAAAUCCGUACCUUAAACUGGUACUUUUCCAGAAUAAACUGCACUUAUUUGUUCGAGCUACUCAAGUGACCGUUGAAGAACAUGUCUUCAGAACCAGCAGGAAAAAUUCCCUUUACCAAUAUGAUGACAUCACUGACCAAUGGAUGAAAGUAUACGAGACCCCAGACAGGCUCUGGGACCUUGGCCGGCAUUUUGAAUGUGCUGUUGCUAAACUCUAUCCUCAGUGUCUUCAGAAAGUACUUUAAUGAGUAGCAGGCCUUAGUGAGCUCACUGGCAUCUUGUGCUUGGGGAAACUUCAGUCUUUCAUGAUCCAAGAAGUGCUGUCAGUAUUUAAGAAGCUGAGAGAGUUUGUACAUGGCAAUGGGUGCUCUUAAAGAUUACAGUGUAAGGAGUGAUUUCUUUUCAUCCUUGUGAUGUUUUCAUUUCAUUAAGCAAAAGGUAACAAAGUGCAAUUAUCAGCCUUUUUUUUUUUUCUGGUAUAAAAGUAAUCAUUUUCAUUCUAGAAUUUUGUGGUAAUUCAUCACUGAGAUACCAGAUGAAUCAACAACUAUGCACUCUUAUAAGAGCAGUUAGGGUAUUAUGGUUAGAGACAUCCAAACUAGUCUGAUGUGACUUUUUAUUUUAAAUACGGGUAAAAAUUUGAGGCAAUAUCACUAGGCCUUUAGCUGUGACCUCUCCAACACAGAGAAGCACUAACUUAGAUCCUCAUUCUCUCUAUAUAUUUGUGUACUGUUUUCAAGCGUACUGAGAUUUAAAUGUGUUUUUAGCGUAGGUUGAAGGAAAACAAAUAUGUCUGAGAAAGAGCUUUUAGUCUGAUUGUUUCAUAUUUCCCAUGUAACUUUAAGUUAAGCUAAAGUUUUAGGGUAGCAGUUUUUUUUUGUUGUUGAUAACUUUUUCAAGUGCUCACACUGUCUCAUUAUUUACAAAUCCCGAAAAGGGCUUACAUUCACAGGUGGCUGGUGCUAGUAUAAGUGAAUUCAUGUGUCUUUCUAGAUAGGUUUAAAUUGUCUGAGCCUGUGCUUACCUUUCAAGUUGGUAUGCUGGUUUCGUGGCAUAGUACUUUACCUGUUGAACUCCUGUGAUUUCACAAGAUUCUCUGCUUACAUGAUAGCAAGAUCUCUAACUGGACUCAGUUUUAGAAUAAUGAGAACAUGACACUCAGUUUGCACUAACACGGGCCAUUUUGUUGCCCUACCUCCUUUCCCAUCUUCCCCCCCCCCCUCCAUCCCCUCAUUAUCGGUACAGUGAAAGGUAACUUAUUUCUCUUCUGCACAGAGCAUAAUGUGAAGUUUUAUACCUGCUUUUACAAUUUUGUUUUCUAAAAACUUAAAACUCCUGCAGUGGUCUAAUUUAAUGGCUUUUAAGUUACAUAUGACCAUUAAAACCUCACUUUUUUUUUGUUUUCUCAUUUUUGCACUUAAUAGUAAUGUAUAUUUUUACAUUGAAAACCUUGUUCUAGCUGAAGGUGAUUGAGAAGGAAAGGGUGAGUGAGUAGAACCAUAGCAUUGUAGGUACUAAAUCACUUUUCAUAUUGAGUGGAUGAAUUUCUAACAAUCAAUAAUAGUAAUAAAAAGGUAAUAGUACUAUAAAGGACAAACCAACUCAUUUGUAAUAAUCUAAGGUGGAUAUUUGGAUCAGUAACUUGUUUUUUUACUAUGCCUAGAAUAAUUGAUAAAGGAUAUAGGGAUAGCCCAGAGUCUAUCCUCAAGUAGAACAUUUUGAUUCUCUUAAAGAAAACAGACUGGCAUGGUUUGUAUUAAAAACUCUUGCACAAGUUGUAAUGUGAUACUGUGAAACAAAUUUAAAACAUUGCCUCUUUGCAUCACAUACCUCGUUUUUCAGAAACUUUCCAAACUGCUUGUCCUUGACCUCUACAAGUAAGGAACGUUUUCUGAAGCAGAAUUUAAAGUGGACAGCAUUUAUAGAAUUAACAUUUUAAAAUCUAGUCUUAGGAAGUUGGAUAUGUGGUUUCUUAUUGGCCUUGAUAAUAUGUCUAUAAUCUCUUUAUAACCUUUGUCAACCACCUGUUUUUUUCUCUCUAGUUUUUCUUCUGUUUUUCUUUAUCUACAUGUUGUUGUGGGGCUUUU